UGUCCCUUGACUGGUGUUUAGGUGGUGGCUCUGGGGGACGUUCCAGAUGGCACUCUGGUCACUGUGAUGGCAGGCAAUGAUGAAAACUACUCAGCCGAACUGAGAAAUGCAACAGCAGCCAUGAAAAACCAAGUUGCAAGAUUCAAUGACCUCAGGUUUGUCGGUCGGAGUGGAAGAGGGAAGAGCUUCACGUUGACCAUCACCGUCUUCACAAACCCACCGCAAGUCGCCACCUACCACAGAGCCAUCAAAAUUACAGUGGAUGGACCCCGAGAACCUCGAAGACAUCGUCAGAAACUAGAUGAUCAGACCAAGCCCGGGAGCUUGUCCUUUUCCGAGCGGCUCAGUGAGUUGGAGCAGCUGCGGCGCACGGCCAUGAGGGUCAGCCCACACCACCCAGCCCCCACACCCAACCCUCGGGCCUCCUUGAACCACUCCACUGCCUUUAACCCUCAGCCUCAGAGUCAGAUGCAGGCCGCGUCGGACCUGACGGCCUUCGGCGACCCACGCCAGUUCCCCGCGCUGCCCUCCAUCUCAGACCCCCGCAUGCACUACCCCGGCGCCUUCACCUACUCCCCGACGCCCGUCACGUCGGGCAUUGGCAUCGGCAUGUCGGCCAUGAGCUCGGCCACGCGCUACCACACGUACCUGCCGCCGCCCUACCCCGGCUCAUCGCAGGCGCAGGCCGGCCCAUUCCAGGCCAGCUCGCCGUCCUACCACCUGUACUACGGCGCGUCGGCCGGCUCCUACCAGUUCUCCAUGGUGGGCGGCGAGCGCUCGCCGCCGCGCAUCCUUCCGCCCUGCACCAACGCCUCCACCGGCUCGGCGCUGCUCAACCCCAGCCUCCCGAACCAGAGCGACGUAGUGGAGGCCGAGGGCAGCCACAGCAACUCCCCCACCAACAUGGCGCCCGCCGCGCGACUCGAGGAGGCCGUGUGGCGGCCCUACUGAGGCUGCGCAUGCGCCCGCCGGCUGCUCGCUCACCUGGCCCGCUGGCCGGACGUCGACCCGGAAGCGCCUCCUUCCGGACCCGGCGGGUGCUCCAGAGGGGCCCGCGUGGGUCCGACCGCCGGCCGGCCUGGAGCGCGCGCCCCCACGAACUGUGAUCCGCGCUCUGGCUCCGAGCCGCGGCCUCGGGCCGCCUGCGCUUCUCAAGUCGUGCGGCUUCGCGCAGCCGCUGCGGGCCCAUCUCAGAUCUGUCAAACCUGGCGCAACUUGAGAGUGUCCGCCUCACCACCAUGUGGACACGCUGUAAGGCAAACAGGAAGAUUCCCAGAGGGAAACUGUGAAUGCUUCUGAUUUAGCAAUGCUGUGAAUAAAAGAAAGAUUUUAUACCCUUGA